AGUCUCAAUUCGGGGCUUCGAGCUCCAUUUUGAUCGCCUAGUACCCACAAUUUUCCACCUUUUAACCCAAAAUUUCCAAAAUUUUCAUCUAUCAAUCGCUCAGUUCACCCAAUUUGAUCCGUUUGUAGCCGUUUGGUUGGAGAAUCGAGAACUCUCUGUGGGGUUUUUGCACCAGGAGAUACAAAGAUGGUGAGUGGAAGGCCAGGGAGUGGAGGAGGAUUGGAUGUAUGGUUUAAGAACCUGAUGGUGGCGGGCGAAGGGGGGAAGAUGGAGCGGGCGGGGCCGGUCAUGGCCGGUUGGAAGGAUCUCCCGAUGGAGCUGCUGUUGAGGAUCGUGUCGCUCGUCGACGACAAGACGGUCAUCGUGGCCUCCGGCGUUUGUACCGGGUGGAGAGAUGCUUUGUGUUUGGGCCUCACUAGCCUCUCCCUCUCAUGGUGCAAGAACAACAUGACUAGUCUUGUAGAUUCGCUCGCUCCCAAGUUCACGAAACUUCAGGUCCUGACUCUACGACAGAACAGACCGCAACUUGAGGACAGUGCGGUCGAAAUUGUCGCAAAACACUGCCAUGAUUUGAGAGAUCUUGAUCUUAGCGGAAGCUUAAAGUUGAGUGACCGUUCGUUGUAUGCCCUAUCUCGCGGAUGGCCUCACCUUACAAGACUCAAUAUUAGUGGGUGUUCUUCUUUUACUGAUUCUGGCCUAGCUUAUCUGACAAGUCACUGCAAGAACCUCAAUUACUUGAAUCUUUGUGGGUGUGUGAAAGCUGCAACAGACCGAGCUCUAGAGGCUAUUGCAUGCAAUUGCGGUCAGUUGCAGUUUCUGAAUCUCGGAUGGUGCGAGGCUGUUAGUGAUAAAGGAGUGACAAGCUUGGCAUCAGGUUGUCCUGAUCUUAGGGCUCUCGAUCUAUGUGGCUGCGUCCUUAUAACAGAUGAAAGUGUGAUUGCUCUGGCCAACGGCUGCCUCCACCUGAGAACCCUCGGCCUCUACUACUGCCAGAACAUCACCGACCGCGCAAUGUACUCCCUUGCGAAAAAUGGCCGCGUGAGAAGCAAGCGAGGCCCACAGGACCAGAUCUGCGGCAGCGCCACCACCCGCGGCGGGGGGUUUGACGAGAAAGAAGGCCUCGCGAGCCUCAACAUCGGCCAGUGCACCGCCCUCACCCCGCCCGCCGUCCAGGCCGUCUGCGACUCCUUCCCGGCCCUCCACACUUGCCCCGAGCGCCACUCCCUCAUCAUAAGCGGCUGCCUCAGCCUCACCUCGGUCCACUGCGCCUGCGCGGUACAGGCUCACCGCGCAGGGAGAUCGGUCCUUUCCAACCAUGCUUACUGAGUCUGUUUCUGCUGGGUGUGUUUCGUUUGAAUGGGUUCUCGAAAAGGCGUGUUUUAAAUCGCACUUAAGGUUUUGUUGUAUGUGUAUAUAUAUAUAUAUAUAUAUAUGGAUGGUCUUUAUAUGUAAUAUAGCUGGGACUGUUUCUUCAGAGGCUUCAGUAAAUUAAACCGCGGAUUUGCGACGAAGGAUAUAUAAGUAAAUGAUGUGCCUUGGCCUAUGUUGGUUA